GGGUGGAACCUCCUUCAACCUCCUCUGCUUGGUGACUGGUCGGCGGCUGCGGGUGGAACGCAGCACUGAAGUCUGACACUGACGCGCUCGCGGCGAUGCAGUGGCAGCAUCCAACGAACGACGUCCGACAUGGGUUAUCUUGUUCAAACUUCGCUGGAGCCCCAGGAGACCACGGAGACCUAGCCCAGGCCCCAACUUGCAAGUCACGUACUCGCUCUCCAAAUCCUGGAUGCUUGUCUCCGAAUGGAGGCUGGAGCAAUCAGCCAAUUGAACCCGUGUCGGGGACUUGGUUGGAUAUGGAGGGGACAAGGAACACAUGCUUGAUGGAAGGCUGUUCUUUUUCAUUCUCAACACCACAACCACGAAACCAUCUGAUCCCGGACCAUGCCUGCCACAUGCACCUUGGCCCUUUUACCUGGCGUUUACCACCUGGAGCUUGGAACAAGACAUUGUAUACAUUGGUACGAUGCAGGGACCCAACGACGCAAAAAAAGAUCUCCGUAGCGCCGACGGCGUCGCCGGUACCCCGAAUCGCACCGCAGAGACGGUCUUUACUUGUCGUGGACUCGUGUCUAUCCCACCCGACAUCCGCUUCAAUGAAUACGUCCGGCCUCAACUGCCCCAAUCUCCCAGCCCUCGUAACUUCGUAGGACGGUAGGAAGACCGAAGGUGCCCAUGAUACGCUCUUACUUUCGCACCGAAUGCGAUUCAAACUCCAACCCCAGGACGACGGGACCGGGGAGGCUACAUGCCCAGGCGAACCCGGCCGGCCGACCCAACAAAUAGGUUACCGUCUCCGAGUCGCGCCGCGCCGCCGAUUCAAGUAUCGCAGCGGCGUUGAGCGCUACACGGCCAACAUCCGUUGUUGGGAUUGUUGGGAGGAAACCCGAUGGCUACCAAACCCUCGAGUGCAAUCUCAACAUACAUCCAUCUUCCUUUUUGACAUCUUAGGAUCUGUUCGUUGAUAUUCUCACUUGCUGGGUCUUCAUGGGUCUGUGUUGGUCUCGUUUUACUCAAGCAGUGCUU